AUGGAAGGGGAAAUUUUAAAUAUUGAUUCACCAAUCAUCUUUGAUGAAUCUAUUGCUAACUAUGAGGUACAUGCGCAGCAACCAUAUACAUCAUCAACGUACAAUAAUAGUGACGAAAUAAGAAUCACUGUGCAAAAUCAGGAUCAUUGCCUUCUUCCAAGCAAAAGUUUGCUUCAUGUAACCGGAAAAGUUGUGAAACCUGAUGGAACAGCUUUAGCGCGCACAAAAUUAGUAUCUAAUGGCAUUUGUCAUUUAUUUGAGGAAGCAAAGUAUGAAUUAAAUGGUGUAGAGAUUGAUAAAAAUAAAAAUGUCGGCCUUACAAGUCUUAUGAAAAAUUAUGUUUCUUUCGAUGCUAGUCAGAGCAAAUUUCUCGAAAAUGUUGGUUGGAUGGAACUUUCUGACGAAGCAAAAUUAACUAAUGAUGAUGGUUAUUUUGAUGUGUGUAUACCGUUAAAUAUGAUUUUUGGUUUCGCUGAAGAUUACCAAAAAAUCAUUAUUAAUGCUAAACAUGAGCUUAUUUUAAUUAGAUCUAGAACUGAUUCAAAUGCAGUUUUACAAGAAGCACCUCUCGAAGAAUUUAAAAUUGUAAUUGAAAAACUUGAAUGGCUGUUGCCAUAUAUAAAAUUGUCAGAUGCACGAAAAUUUAAAUUACUAAAAUAUAUUGAAAGAGAUCCAUCCAUUGCAAUAAGCUUCAGAACUUGGGAAUUAUAUGAAUAUCCCUUGUUACCAGUUACUCCUAAGCAUAUUUGGAGUGUAAAAACUUCAAGUCAAUUAGAAAAACCUAGGUUUAUUGUUUUAGGUUUUCAAAGAAACAGAAAAAGUAAUACUGCUCUAAAUUCAAGUUAUUUUGAUCACUGUAAAUUAUCGGAUGUAAAGUUGUUUUUAAAUUCACAAUGUUAUCCCUACGGUAAUAUGAAUCUUAACAUUGAUAAAAAUCAGUAUUCUACUUUAUAUGAAAUGUUUACUAAUUUCCAAGCGUCUUAUUAUAAUAAAGAAUCUCAACCAAUUUUAACGAAAAAGGAAUUUUUGAGAUACGCUCCUUUAGUUGUAAUAGAUUGUUCCAAGCAAAAUGAGUCAUUAAAAAGUGGACCAGUUGACAUUCGUUUGGAAUUUGAAUCGAAUGAAAAUUUUCCGACAAACACUUCAGCUUAUUGUUUAAUUUUGCAUGAUAGAAUUGUUGAAUAUAAACCAAUAAGCGGAAUUGUGAAAAAAAUUGUGUAA